UCCACAUGCAGUCAUGAUGCCGUCCGCGUUAGCAAGACGUUUUGGCAAUGCUAGUUCCUUAGCGGCAUCGUGGAGGCAAGUGGUUCUACUUGGUCUAUCUGAUGCCUUUCUUGGUCGUCGUCUGCUCUCAAGACGCUGGAUGGGAAAACUGACGCACGUGGACGAAGAAGGCGGCGCACGGAUGGUUGAUGUCGCGGAAAAACCAGAGUCGGUGCGCACAGCGACUGCAUCUGGGCGCGUCCUGCUAGGAAAACACGUGUACGAGCUAGUGAAAUCCAACAACGUGAAGAAAGGCGACGUUCUGACCGUUUCCCAGAUUGCGGGAAUCGGUGCCGCCAAGCAGACGUCCCAGCUGAUUCCGUUGUGCCACCCGUUGUUUCUCACCAAGGUGGACGUGAAGUUGACACUCGUGGAAAGCACCUACGAAGUGCUCAUUGAAAGUUACGCCAAAUGCACGGGAAAGACUGGCGUCGAAAUGGAGGCACUGAGCGCCGUUACUGUCGCGGCUCUGACCGUCUACGAUAUGUGUAAAGCUGUGAGCAGAGAUUUGAAAAUAACCGACGUCCAGUUGACUUCAAAAACCGGAGGCACGCGAGGAGACUUUCACCGAGAUAUUCUCCCAGGGAGCACUGACUAUAGCUAGCACGAUAAUUUGUUAUUCCCCGCUGCACGCUUUUGUGUAAGUUGUUUUCUACAAACUUGUGCAUAUGGGCGAUAUGGGUGUUUAUUUGGCCGCUCGUAUUAAUAAAGCUGGACCAACUGGUA